AUGGCACAAAACGGGAGAAGGAAGAGCGUGAGCGGAAGCGUGGUGAAGCCGCCACCGCCGCCAAAGCUAGCGAAGGGGUCACUGCAUAGGACGCUUUCAGACAUAUCUUUGGAUUUCCACAGAGAGGAAGAGAAGGGACUCGGGACGAUAGCAGAGGUGGAGAAGGCAAAGUGCGAGUGUUGCGGGAUGAGGGAGGAGUGCACGAUGGAGUACAUAGAGAGGGUGAGGGAUAAGUUCUUUGGGAAGUGGAUUUGCGGUCUCUGCUCAGAGGCGGUGAAGGAGGAGAGGGAGAAGAGGGAAGAGAAUGGGCUCGAAGGGGCCUUGAAGGAGCACAUGAGGGCCUGCCUUAGGUUCAACAAGCUUGGGAGGGAGUAUCCUGCUCUCUUUCAAGCGGAGGCCAUGAGAGAUAUGCUCCGCAGAAGGACGAGGGGUCAGUCUAUCAGCCCUAAACCCAAUACUCUUCACAAUAAGCCCACCAUUUCCCGCACUUCAAGCUGUAUUCCUGCCAUCACCAGGGACCUUAACUAG